AUGGACACUGCGUACAGGAUCGAUGCAUUGUUACCACUUGGCUUUGUAGCCAUCGGCAGUCUGAUAGCUUUUCUUCUAUCCUUCAAGCCAAAUGAUCGUCUUCCUCUUCAAAAUGGCAAAGCCCCCAUGGAGCUCUUCUUUAAUAACGCCAAGAAGCGGUUCCUAAUGGGCGCCCCAGACAUGUUGAAGUCUGGCAUUGCUAAGACAGGAAAGACUUUUUUAUUAAUGACUGACAUGGGUCCUCGAUACAUUGUACCACCGGAAUAUGCGCAAGACCUCCAGAACCACCGCAACCUCACCACCGAUGGCAUUAUUGACGAGCUUCUCCAUGCCCAUCUCCCUGGACUAGAAGUGUUCCGAUUCAAUGGGUACCAUGGCCAAUUGAUGAGACGUACGAUUCGAAAGAAGCUAUGGGGACCUGCACUAGACAAGCUCACCGAACCAUUGAAUCGAGAGACAUCUCUGGCAUUUGCGGAAAUUUGUACCGAUAACCCAGAUUGGCAUGAGAUACGGGUGAAGGAGACCGUUCUUAAGAUUCUUACUCGUUCCUUUACCGGUACAUUCCUCGGGGAGGAGUUAGCUAGCAAUCCAAAAUGGUUUCAGAGCUUCGAGGAUUAUUCAGCCUCGGCCUCUUUGGCGGCUGGAGAUCUCCGGGUGUGGCCUAAGCCUUUGCAUUCACUCGUUCACUGGUUUCUGCCAAAAUUCCAAAAGUUACGUGCGGACUUGGCUGAGUCAUGUCGUCUGAUCGCGGCUACUCUUGGGGACAACAAGGAAGCGCUUCGGAUGGGCACUCGAGCAGAUGAGCACUCUCGUUUCCCUAUGGUCGAAUGGCUUCAAGAAUUAAGUGGUGGCAAAACGCAUGAUCCAACCAUAAUUCAUAUGAGCAUGUUUGUUGUGGGCCUUCACACCACCACUGAUAUGUUGACCCAGCUGGUGUAUGAUCUUAGUGGUCGCGAAGAGCUCGUUCAGCAGCUCCGUCAGGAGAUCCUUUCCGUGAUUGCCGAAGAUGGAGGCUUGCAGAAAGGGUCUUUGGAUAAGCUCAAGCUUCUGGACAGUGUGAUGAAGGAGAGCCAACGGCUCAAGCCAGCCAACAUAGCACCCAUGGGGCGUACGGCCACUAAGGACUUCAAUCUCCCAGAUGGGACCAAAAUUGCUAAAGGAGAUACGCUUUUGGUUCCCGCCUACCGGAUGUGGGAUGAGUCGGUCUAUCCCAACGCCGAUCAAUUCGUGCCGGAUAGGUUUUUCAAGAUGCGGCAGACCCAGGGAUCGGAAGCCAACCACCAGUGCGCUUCAACCAGCCCCAUUCAUAUGGGCUUUGGCCAUGGAGUUCAUGCGUGUCCGGGUCGGUUUUUUGCUGUUCAAGCCCAAAAGAUUACCCUAUGUCACCUUCUGCUGAAGUACGACUUGCAGCUGGUGGACGGAAGGCCAAGUCCCCAACCGUUUGGGAUGAUGAUGAUUGCUAACAUGGUUGGGAAAGUUUCCAUGCGGCGACGCCAGGAGAGUUCUCCUCUCUGA